AUGUCGAGCCGCGGCACCCUCAAGAACUUCUUCGAAGAGAAGGGCUUCGGCUUCAUCACCCCCGACGACGGCAGCGAGGACGUGUUCGCGCACGUGAAGGAGAACCCCGCGCUGAACGACUGCCAGCAGGGCGACUCCGUGUCCUACGACGCGGAGUACGACGACCGCAAGGGCAAGUACAAGGCCGUGAACCUGAACUCCGGCGGCGGAGGCGGCGGCGGCAAGGGGAAGGGGAAGGGCAAGGACAAGGGCGGCAAGGGCGGCUACGCGCCGUACGGCAAGGGCUGGCGCGCGCAGGCAGCCGCGCCUGGCAGCCCAAUAGUCUUCGACCGUGUCCGGGGGGCGUCUCCCGAGGUCCCCGGAGACCUGCAGAUGCCCCAGGCACUCGCUGGAGCCAUGUCGAGCCGCGGCACCCUCAAGAACUUCUUCGAAGAGAAGGGCUUCGGCUUCAUCACCCCCGACGACGGCAGCGAGGACGUGUUCGCGCACGUGAAGGAGAACCCCGCGCUGAACGACUGCCAACAGGGCGACUCCGUGUCCUACGACGCGGAGUACGACGACCGCAAGGGCAAGUACAAGGCCGUGAACGUGAACUCCGGCGGCGGAGGCGGCGGCGGCGGCAAGGGGAAGGGGAAGGGCAAGGACAAGGGCGGCAAGGGCGGCUACGCGCCGUACGGCAAGGGCUGGUGA